AUCUGGUGGUGGCGCCAAACUCGGGAAAUACAAAAAAAUUUCAAGAACGCCGGUAAACCAAAGUUCUUUUUUCAAAAAGAAACCAAUUUCAAUCCUGCACAAUCCGUGAAUAAUCCUUCAUUAUGUCUGCGAACCAAGAAAAUGAAGAGGCACCCUCUUCGCCUGACAUCCAUUUUGAACCAGUUGUAAAUUUGGCAAAAGUUGAUGUCAAAACGUUUGAAGAAAACGAAGAGGAAAUGGUUAAAUUGAGAGCGAAGUUAUUUCGGUAUAUUAUUGGUCAGCAUGAUACCACACCAGAGUGGAAGGAACGGGGAAUUGGCGAUGUUAAAAUAUUGAAGAGUAGAGCGAAGCAUUCGUACAGGCUAGUUAUGCGGCGUGAAAAGACAUUGAAAGUGUGCGCAAACCAUUUGUUGUCGAAAGACAUGGAACUUAAACCAAACUGUGGUAGUGACAGAGCAUGGGUGUGGAAUGUAGCUGCAGAUUACGCAGAUGAAGAACCAAAGGCAGAAACGCUGGCUAUUCGCUUUGGAAAUUCUGAAAAUGCAAAAAAGUUCAAAGAAGUGUUUGAUAAGUGCAAGGAAAAGGUUGGAUUGAUUGUUAGUGAUGCAGAGAGUGAAAAACUAGCAAAUGAACUUGAGAGUUUGAAAGUAAAUGACAAAAAUGAAAAACAAACAGGCGAAAACGAAGUCGAUAAACAAAAUGAAAAUUCAGGAGAAGGAACCAGUGCAGAAACUAAUGUGGAAGAACCUCAGGAUAAAGCAGAAGAUACAACGAAGAAAUCCGAGACUUCAGCAGAUAAUCCCCCGGAUAAUCCAUCAGAUGAUCCACCUGCAACCCAGGAUAACCCGGAAACCACUGAUACCCCACCGUCUGAUCAAUAAAACUUCUACUGGACUAUUGAACUUCUCUUUAUAAAAUAUGUCUGCUCAGUACAUUCUUAUAAGAUUUUAAAUAUCCUGAAAGGUUUCUUAAGUAACUUGGCAUUUAUGAUAGUUGAAAUUGAAACAGUUUUGUAAAAUUGUUGGGUUUGGAAGUGUAAAAAAUAUUGGUGUGGUAUAUGAAUUAUAAAUAU